AAAAACACCAAGAGGCUCGUCCUCGCCCCCACCUUCUCAGACGGCUACCUCACCUCCACCGACUCUCCAUAAGACCUCUCUGUUUGUGAAGGCUGUGAAGGUCUCUACUUCCCAAGGGGGUUCUUGUUCCCCAGAAGGCUCUAGUGGUAUCUCCUCCUACCUCCAAUGGGGUCCUUCUGAACCUGAUGUGGUCCCGUCCUCCCCCUCAUCGGCAAAGGUGGCUGGAGCCCUCGAGGCCAUUGCUCCCCUCAUGCAACAUUCUUUCUCCCCGAAGUCUACCAAAAAAGUGCCUCGUUAG